AUAAAUAUAUAUUAUAAAGGCAUGCCUAUUAUCUACGCAUUGGUGGCCAGAGGCCCUUUAGUACUUGCCGAGUUCACAAACACAACAGGCAACUUCCAGACGAUCACCAGAAGGAUUCUCGAUCUUAUCCCUCCCAAUGAUACAAAGAUGUCAUAUGUAUAUGAGAAAUAUAUCUUCCAUUACCUGGUACAGGACUCUCUGACGUACUUGUGUAUGGCUGAUCAGGAGUUUGGACGAAGGAUACCAUUCCUCUUCUUGGACGAUGUCAAGAACAGAUUCAGAUCAAUCUAUGGAGACAAGGGAAAGACUGCCAUCGCGUACGGCAUGAACUCUGAGUUCUCAAGAACCCUUUCAAACCUCAUGGAUCACUAUUCAAACAAUCCCAAGUCAGAUGCAUUUAGCAAGGCCAUGGCAGAGGUCGAUGAAGUAAAGAAUAUAUUGGUAACUGAUGUUGCACCACAACUGUUGAAGCGUGGAGAGAAGAUUGAGAUACUGGUCGAUCGUACAGAGAACCUCAACACACAGUCCUUUAAGUUCAAGAAGCAGAGCAAGCAACUAAAGUGCGCAAUGUGGUGGAAGAACAUGAAGCUCAUGCUUAUCAUUGCCGCUGUUGUUGCUAUCAUCAUAUUCAUCAUUGUUCUGUCGGCAUGUGGUGGCUUCAGCUUUAGCAAAUGCCGCAAG